AUGGCGAUCUGUACUUAUAACGCACGUAUGCUUGCAUCGGAAGCGGCCAUCGAAGAUCUGAUGAUGCAAGCUAAGAAGAUCAAGUUCGACGUCAUCGGACUGACCAAGACGAGACGUCACCCUCUCAACGCCGUAUAUGAAACUGGAGAAGAACUGUUUUUAGGAACAUGCGACAGUAGAGGUGUUGGAGGAGUUAGCGUCCUCGUCAACACGAGUAUGGCAAAGAACGACUCUUUCGAACAACUUACGACCCGAAUCGGACGUCUGCGGAUGAGAAGAUGUGGUCCAACACCAGCUUUGACUAUCUUCUUCGCUUACGCCCCAACAUCAAGCUACGAUGAAGAAGAUGUCGAAGCUUUCCAUAUGGACCUGGAGAAGUUCUAUCGAGAAGAUCAUGCUUUCUACAAGGUCAUAAUUGGCGAUUUCAACGCCAAAGUUGGCCUAAGAAGAACGCCGAAGGAACUUCACAUCGGAACCCACGGCCUACAUUGGAACAACCAGGAGGAGAGGCUCUCCGAGUUCAUCAUGACGACUAAGACCAUCCAUGGGAACUCGCAAUUCCAGAAGCCCUCCUCUCUACGCUGGGAGUCACCCAGUGGAGAGUAUCGUAAUGAAAUAGACCACAUCAUCGUCAAUAGAAGGCUCUGCCUGACGGACGUCGGUGUUGUACCAAAGUUCUAUACGGGAUCGGACCAUCGCCUCUUCCGAGGAAAAUUUUCCUUCACAAGGAGAGCAGAGAAGGCCGCCAAGUUCAGAGGAAGAAAUCCCAGAACUAUCAUCAACUGGGAUCUCUUCGCUACGUUAGCCGGCUUUUGGGAAGAUUCCGCAAUGGACAACAUCGACGAGGAGUAUGACCGGUUUGUUGGACACCUUCACGACUGCGCGAAGAAGGCUGAGAGUUUUGAAACCACCAAGAGGCGCCUGUCUCUUGAAACUCAUGAGCUGAUACGCCAGCGUGGAGCAGCAUGA